AUGAGUGUAAAACGUAAACUAAAAACUCUUAGUCUCUCUGAAAAACUACGAGUGCUCGAAGCAGUGAAGACUAGUAAAAAAAAAAAGGAUGUUGCGGAACAAUUUGAUAUACCUUUAAGUACUCUUUCGACAAUAAUAAAAAAUGAAGUAGUUAUAAGGAAGAAAGUUGAGAGUGGUCAAAGUUUGUCGUGUAAAAGACGGCGAAUUUCCGAGUUUCCCGGUUUAGAAGAGUGCUUAUUAAAAUGGUUUAAACAGUGUCGUCAUGAAAAUAUAAGUAUUAGUGGACCAUUAUUACAAGAAAAGGCAGAAAUAUAUUCGACGUCUUUAGGAUUUUCUGAUUUUAGAGCAAGCAAUGGAUGGCUGGAAAAGUUUAAACGUAGGCAUGACCUUGUUUUCAAGAAAGUUUGCGGGGAAAGUGCAAGUGUAAAUGUUGCAACUUGUAAUAAAUGGACAAAUGACAGAUUGAAAGAUUUGUUACGUGAUUUUGAGCCUGAAAAUGUCUUCAAUGCUGAUGAAACAGCUUUAUUUUAUAAAUGUCUUCCCGACAAAACUCUAACUUUUAGAGAUGAUAAAUGCCAUGGUGGUAAGCAUAGCAAAGAACGCUUAACAAUUUUACUCGCUGCAAACAUGACAGGUACAGAAAAACUCUCACCUUCAGUGAUUGGGAAAUCGAAAAAACCUCGUUGUUUUUCAAAAUGCAAAUCUCUGCCAUUGAAAUAUGAAGCGAAUACUAAAGCAUGGAUGACUUCUGCAAUCUUCAGAGACUGGCUCAUAGGUAUUGACAAGAAAAUGAGUAAAGAAAAAAGAAAAAUACUACUAUUUAUAGAUAAUUGCACGGCACACAACGAUAUUCCUCAAAUGACAUCAGUAAGAGUAGAGUUUUUACCUCCAAACACCACAUCAAAAUUGCAACCGAUGGAUCAGGGCAUUAUCAAAAAUUUCAAGUCAUUAUACCGUAAAGAAGUAGUCAGGAAUAUGUUGCAAGAUUUGGAAGAAAAAAGAGAUUCUCGUAUAGAUGUAUUGCAAGCCAUGCGGAUGGCUGAUAAAGCUUGGCGAAAUGUGACUGCUACUACCAUCAAAAACUGCUUUGCUCACUGUGGAUUUUCUUCGUCAAUAAUCGAAGAAGAAGUCGAAGAUAUUUCUCUGCAACCUCCUGAAGAAUGGGAUACAGUGGCGCCUGAAAUAUGUUUCGAGGACUUUAUUACAUGUGACGAUGGAGUGAUGACUGCUGGAAUAUUAUCCGACGAAGAGAUUCUUAAUUCAGUAUCUGAGAGUAAUGAAAGAGAUGAAGAUGAGAUAGAAGAUCCAAGUAAUAUAACAUGCACUCAAUUAGUUUCGAUCAAAGAGGCUAGAAUAGCAUUAAAUACGUUACGUAAUUUUAUAGAACAAACAAGUAUCUCGGAAGAAAAAGAAUUUUCUGCUCUUUGUAUUUUAGACAAUGCAAUAGAUAAAGAACAGCCUUAUUUAAAGCAAAAAAAAAUAACUGAUUUUUUCCAAUAA